AUGGCUCCAUCUAUUCCUACAUCUGCUCGCACAGUGGUUCUUCAGAACCAUAUCUCAGCAGAGCAUGAUCUUGACCUCUCUUCGUCGCCCUCUGGGACCUUUACCGUCAAGGAGAUUCCUAUUCCUAACCCGCUUCCGGAGGACUCCCUUCUCGUUCAAGUAACCUAUCUCUCCAAUGAGCCAGGACUUCGUAUCUUUCUACAAGAGUCUAUACAGUUUGAACGUAAUGAUAUGGUCCCAUACCAGCUUGGUUCGCCCAUUAUGUUGCAUACAGCACUCGGUCGCAUCCUGCAAAUCGGUGGUAACGAUUCGAACGGAACACAUAAAGUCGGGGAUAUCGUCCAAAUAUCGCGGUCUUCCUGGGCAGAUUAUGUCGUUGUGAAGAAAAACGUAGCAAGACCAAGGAAGGAGAUACCUGGUGUUCCCAUCAGUGCAUAUGUAGGCGGCCUUGGAUCGUCAGGAGCUACAGCAUAUUGGGCAUUGAAAGAUAUUUUGAAGCCUAAGGAGACUGACACACUCGUCGUAAGUGGAGCUGCAGGAGCUGUCGGGAACGUGGCCCUUCAGUUUGCAAAGAAAGUCAUAGGAGUCAAGCGUGUUAUUGGUAUCGCUGGUACAGACGAGAAAUGCAAAUGGUUGAAGAGCGUUGGGGCGGACGAAGCAGUUAAUUACAAGAGUCCGACGUUUGUCGAAGACCUUAAGAAAGCAACUCCCGAUAAGGUUGAUUUGUUUUUCGAUAACGUUGGCGGAUUGAUCCUGGACGAGGUGAUGAUGCGUAUGAAACCUCACGGAACCAUAUGCGCAGUCGGUAUCAUGGCUCGUGAGGAUGCACAGGCACCAUUCGUUUUGCGUAACUAUGGGCAAAUACUCGUCAAUAGACUGUUACUAGAGGGUUUCACGCUCUAUGACUAUUUUGACCGGCUCGGCGAGGCCGAAGAAGCACUUACUGCGGCAGCAGUCGCAGGGAAGCUUAUUUUGAAUAGUGCGGAAACUGUUGUCGAUGUCCAUGGAAAGGUUGAGGAGAUACCAAGAGUCUGGAAUGGGUUAUUUACCGGCGUAAAUACUGGAAAGCUGAUUACGAAGGUAGCAGACUGA